AUGGAAGGGUUCCGACCCGCCAACUCAACCGGCACCCUGGGCCGCCACCUGGCUCGGCGGCUUGUCGAGAUCGGCGUCCACGACGUCUUCUCCGUCCCCGGCGACUUCAACUUAACCCUCCUUGACCACCUACUUGCCGAGCCCGGCCUCAACCUCAUCGGCUGCUGCAACGAGCUCAACGCCGGCUACGCCGCCGACGGCUACGCGCGUGCAAGGGGCGUCGGCGCGUGCGUCGUCACCUUUACAGUCGGUGGGCUCAGCGUCUUGAACGCCAUCGCUGGUGCGUGCAGUGAGAACUUGCCGGUCAUUUGCAUAGUCGGUGGGCCGAACUCCAACGACUACGGCACGAAUCGGAUCCUCCACCACACAAUCGGGUUACCCGAUUUCUCUCAGGAGCUUCGCUGCUUUCAAACCGUCACCUGCCACCAGGCCGUGGUGAACAAUUUGGAAGAUGCACAUGAGCUAAUUGACACAGCAAUCUCAACAGCAUUGAAAGAGAGCAAGCCUGUAUAUAUCAGCAUAGGCUGUAAUUUGUCCGCAAUUCCUCACCCCACAUUUGCUAGAGACCCAGUCCCCUUCUUCCUUGCUCCAAAAGUAAGCAACCAGCUAGGGUUAGAGGCAGCAGUUGAAGCCACUGCUGCUUUUCUAAACAAGGCUGUGAAGCCUGUGAUUAUAGGUGGACCCAAAUUAAGAGUAAAAAAGGCACAGCAGGCCUUUGUGGAGCUUGCAGAUGCUAGUGACUACCCAAUUGCUGUUAUGCCAUCUGGUAAGGGGCUGGUGCCUGAGCACCACCCACAUUUCAUUGGGACCUAUUGGGGUGCUGUGAGCUCUAGCUUCUGUGGUGAGAUUGUGGAGUCUGCUGAUGCUUAUGUUUUUGUGGGUCCUAUUUUCAAUGAUUAUAGCUCUGUUGGGUACUCCUUGCUCAUCAAGAAGGAGAAAGCGAUUAUUGUGGAGCCGAACCGUGUGACCAUUGGUGAUGGUCCAUCGUUUGGCUGGGUUUUCAUGGCUGACUUUUUAAGUGCAUUGGCCAAGAAGCUGAAGAAAAACAGUACUGCUGUUGAAAAUUACCAUCGGAUCUUCGUUCCCCCGGGCAUCCCUCUAAGGAGUGAGAGGGAUGAACCUCUGAGAGUCAAUAUUCUCUUUAAGCACAUUCAGGAGAUUAUCACUGGAGACUCUGCUAUAAUUGCGGAAACUGGAGACUCAUGGUUCAAUUGUCAGAAGCUCCGCCUCCCUGAGAAUUGUGGGUAUGAAUUCCAGAUGCAAUAUGGAUCUAUUGGAUGGUCAGUGGGCGCCACUCUUGGCUAUGCUCAGGGCGCCAAAGAUAAACGUGUCAUUGCUUUCAUUGGUGAUGGGAGUUUCCAGGUAACUGCCCAGGACAUUUCAACAAUGAUCCGAUGUGGGCAAAACACCAUUAUAUUUCUUAUCAACAAUGGAGGCUAUACAAUCGAAGUAGAGAUUCAUGACGGUCCAUACAAUGUGAUUAAGAACUGGAACUACACUGGUCUUGUUGAUGCCAUCCACAAUGGCGAAGGCAAAUGCUGGACUACCAAGGUACGCACAGAGGAGGAUUUAACUGAAGCAAUCGCGAAAGCAACAGGGGAGCACAAGGAUAGUUUAUGCUUCAUUGAAGUUUUUGUGCACAAGGACGACACUAGCAAAGAGCUGCUGGAAUGGGGAUCCCGAGUUUCAGCCGCCAACAGUCGGCCACCAAAUCCUCAGUAG